UAUCGGGUCACACCGCGACCACGUCAUGGGACCCCCAUUCCUCGCUCUACUCGACAGCGAGCCAGCAGAGGACAGUGUUUUACGGGCACUCUCCCGCGUUACAUCCUUGAUAGUCCGGUCCAGCCAAGCUGUUCCAGAUUACCUGAACCGAUAUGUUCUCGUGGACGACACUUCACUCGACCGAGAUCAGAUCAUCGCCACCCUUGAUGACGGCGCAGAAAAGGCGAUCGUCCCGUUAACUCUCGCCAAAAAAUUGGUCGCGCAGGUGCCCGACUCACUCCGCAACGCGGUCUGCGGGGUCUUGGUAAAAAUGCUCGCGGUCGAUAUUGACCUUAUCCAGUCCAUAUCCACCUUCGUUGGCUCGACUAUAUAUGUCUUGCCUACGGACAAUCCAUCUACCUCAUUGAUCGCGAAACUAGCUGCGAUCGGGGCGUCACUUGUUAUCCCUCUUCAUCAGCUCACCACCAAUGCCACAUCGCAGACCCAGAUUAACAUUGGGGACGCUUUCCUUUCUCCCCUAAUCUCAGACAGGUCUGAUGGACUCUUCCCUACCGUUGUUACCUCUUACCCGGAAGGAGGGAAAGCGCUUGGCCUAGUCUACUCCUCUCGGGAGUCCGUCAAGGAAUCUAUUGUGUCCGGUAAAGGCGUGUACCAAUCACGCAAACACGGGAUGUGGCGCAAGGGCGAGACGUCAGGUGCAACGCAGGACGUGAUCCAAAUCUGCACGGACUGUGAUUCCGACUCCCUCGAAUUUCGUGUAGUUCAACACGGCGCAGGGUUCUGCCACCUGAACAGACCGUCGUGUUUCGGCGAUGUUGGUGGUCUCUCUGCACUCGAGCGCACGCUCAGGGCUCGUCUGGCGGAUGCCCCAGAGGGCUCCUAUACAAGCAGACUGUUUAAAGACCCUGCGCAGACGAACUUUGCCGCGCAGGAAUCCAAGGAAGAGAUCGUGUUUGAAGCUAGCGAUCUGAUUUACUUUGCCUUGACUCGAUGCGUUGCCGCGGGAGCAGGUUUGAGAGAUAUCGAGCAGUCGCUGAACAGGAAGGCACUAAAAAUCACGAGGAGGUCGGGGAAUGCCAAAUCCCAAUGGGUAUCGGGAGUGGAUAACCCUCCACAAGUCGCGCCUCAGAAUACUGUUGUGUCUGAUUCUCCUGUUGCUGGUGCAGACAGGUCGAUCUGUAUGCGGACUGUCGAUUUGGCUACCACUGUGCCGGAAGAAAGAAAGCGGCUGCUCAAGCGUCCUGUCUUGCGCUCCGAUGAAAUGAUUUCCAAGGUUAAACCAAUCGUUGAUGACGUUCGUGAGCGAGGAGAUGCCGCGCUACUUCGCCUCACGGCCAAAUUCGACAAAGUACAACUUGAUGCACCCGUCCUCCUCCCACCUUUCUACCCUCCGCCACUUUCAGCUGCAGGAAAACACCAAAUGGAUCAUGCUGUCAAAGAUGCAAUCGACACAGCAUAUGCGAACGUGCGCAAGUUCCACGCAGCACAAAUCGAUGGCAAGGCCCUGGUUGUGGAGACCACGCCCGGGGUAACUUGCUCACGAUUCGCACGUCCAAUCGCGCGUGUGGGGCUCUACGUACCUGGAGGAACCGCUGUGCUACCGUCGACGGCUCUCAUGCUUGGUGUUCCUGCACAAGUAGCAGGAUGCGAGCAGAUCGUGAUUGCCACUCCCCCUCGCCUAGACGGCAGCAUCUCUCCUGAGGUCCUGUACGUAGCUCAUUUGGUAGGGGCUCAUGCCAUCCUAAGGGCGGGUGGUGCCCAGGCCGUUGCAGCCCUCGCCUAUGGCACACAAACAUGUCCCAAGGUUGAUAAGAUUUUCGGACCUGGUAACCAAUGGGUUACAGCAGCCAAGAUGCUCGUUCAAAACGAUACUGAAGCCCUGGUAUCGAUCGACAUGCCAGCGGGGCCAUCUGAAGUGUUGGUCAUUGCAGAUGAUGAUUCGCACCCUGCCUUCGUUGCUGCUGACCUGCUUUCGCAAGCUGAACAUGGCGUGGACUCGCAAGUCGUCUUGGUUGGCGCGGCGUUGUCGGAUGCCAAGCUAGCUGCAGUGGAGGCAGAAGUCGACAAGCAAGCCCGUGCACUGUCUCGAGUUGACAUCGUUCGGGAGAGCAUAUCCCGAAGCCUAAUCAUCAAAACGCAGAGCGUGCAAGAGGCACUGCAAUUCUCCAAUGAGUAUGCACCAGAGCAUCUGAUCUUGCACUUGCGAGACGCAUCCACGCUGGUCAAUCGGGUCAAAAAUGCGGGAAGCGUUUUCGUCGGUCCAUAUACUCCUGAAAGUUGCGGCGACUAUGCAUCGGGGACGAACCAUACCCUUCCGACUAACGGAUACGCGCGACAGUUUAGCGGCGUGAACACCCAGUCGUUCCAAAAGCACAUAACCUCACAGGAGAUCACGAAGGAGGGAUUGGAGAGAUUGGGACCCGUUGUCGCUAUACUGGCAGAUUGCGAAGGGCUCCAGGCACAUGCAAAUGCAGUGCGGAUACGUUUAGGGGUCUGAGCCUCACAGCCCUCGGGUUAUACUUAGGAUACACUCAGCUAUCCUUGUGCAUCUUCUGGAGUUAUUUCAGCCUGGUCAUUGUAAACCCACGCCGCCAAAAAGUGUCGUCACGUCA